AUGGCUGCUCCGGGACUCCGUAGAGAAGCUGGUGGUUUGUUGACAUUUUUCUCCAUCAGCUGAGUGGCUAGAAGUUAGCCGUCGAGUUUCCGAGCAGCUCAGAACAAAUCAACACCUCAGCUUUAUUUUUACCCGCUGACGCUGUCAUUCAGCUGUCACAAACCACAAACGCUUCACUCAUGUUUUACAUAACCAGCGGUGCUACACAGAAAACCAAGGGUUACUGCGACCGUUAGCUACAUAUAGCUAGUAUUCGGCUGCAGCUAGCCUGGCUACGGAAAAGGCUAGCGACGUUAGCCGAUGUGAAACGAAGACAUGGAGGGGAUACUUUACAAAUGGACGAAUUACAUGACAGGAUGGCAGCCUCGCUGGUUCGUCUUAGAGAACGGAGUCAUCUCUUAUUACGACAGCGAGGAUGAUGUUGGCAAAGGAAGCAAAGGAUCCAUCAAGAUGUCCGUAUGUGACAUUAAAGUUCAUCCGACAGAUACGACCCGUCUAGAGUUGAUAAUCCCUGGUGAACAGCAUUUCUACGUACGAGCUGUGAACGCUGCAGAGAGGCAGAGGUGGCUCGUGGCUUUGGGGUCAUCCAAAGCUGGGACACUGGACAGUAACAAACACAAAGGUCCAGACUGUCUGAAGACAAAAAUGUCUGAACUCCGCCUGUACUGUGACCUCCUCGUCCAGCAGGUCCAAACAAUCCAAUCACAGUACAGCGCUGACUCAGAGACCGCGCCGACUUCUGAGGCCUCGCUCCUCAGUGCCACAUGUGCCACUUUCAUCAGGACUCUGGAGGAGUGUAUGACCCUGGCCAAUCACAAUUUGACUCCUGACCUCCGACCUCCUGAAAGGAUGAAGCGGUCAAUCAGUCACCCUGGAACAUACAGCUUUGACAGGUCAGGUGUACUGAAGGAGUACGUGAGUGGAGGUCAAAGGUCAACUCAGCGGAGAAACCGUACCAACUCUGACAGCUCGGUUUAUGAUACUGAACGUUUGCUGCCUGCUCUCAACGGUGACUCGUCCUCCAUUCCUGAGGAGAGGGCAGGCAGUGUGAGCCCAAAGACCACGCCCACUGACACAGACACUGACCUUUCCAUCUGAAGACCCCAAGAUGCCCAUCCAAACCCUGAUAAACUCUAGAAGAUGUCACAAACGCCACCAGAUCAUUAUUUGCUGAGAUACUGGCACCAUUACACCAAGGAUGAACAUUUUCGUUGUAGGAACGUCCUUCACAAGCUGUUUCUCAGCUAAUUGCCAAACAAAAGCACUUUGGAUUCAUUAGCUUUCAUUUCAUGAAGUCUUUCAGUUGCACAGUAUACACUAGACUGACGGAAAUUCAGUCCCGAGCUGAAGUUCGAGAAAUUGAGAGUAUGAAUUAUAUGAAGCUUUAACCUGAUGAGGUGAGAGGACUCCACACUGUUAACUUUUCAGAUUUAACCAUGGAUACUUUUGUAGUCAUGUAGUUGUACUUGAAGUCCACAUCCUGGAUUCAAGGAAAAUUGUAAGUAUCCCCAGUUGAUCCAGCGAAUUUCCUCAGCUGGAACCAGAUGAUUGUAUCAGGCAGCUCCGUGACGCAGUGUGGACACGAUGAACUGUGAAUUCCUGGUUUCUGGAACAAUUAGAUGCCAGGGCUGCUUUAAUCAGAAUGUACUGAAGGUUUGUUGUGUUCUGAGGUUUGUUUGUGCAUCCAAAAACUGACCGCAGAGCCAAAAGUUUUGUUCAGUGGCACUUAGACAGGAUGUUGAAAUCCAGCAACUGUGACGCAAAAGCAUCUAUUUUUCUGGCUUUUCCUAAAGAGCCCCAAAUUACUUCUUUCCUCCCGUCUUCUGUGUUCUUCUUCCAGGCCUCCAGCUGAGCUCAUUGCUGAAAGCAAAGGCAAAAAAAAAAAAAACGUUCUCCAUCACUCUCCGUCCCUGCUUUAACGAGUCUGCUUGUGUCUUCAGAUGUUUGCCAAAACAUAAUCACCUGCAUUAAAGCUGCCACCUUUCUUUUUCCAGGCGGUCAUGCUCAGCCUGGACCGUGUUACGCUCUUUGCAGCUUGUCCUCGUUUUGAGCCGAGUUUCACCUAAACUCCUAAGACAAGUGAACAGAAAUACUAAAUUUCAGAUAAUCUAGCUGGGAAUGUGAGCAAAUCUUUGAAUUUCUUAAUUAUUUCCUUGAAGAUGUGACCCUGACACCACUCAUUUUAGGGUGAAUAUGAAAACUGAGCUUUUUAGCAAUCGGUCACUGACAUGACUGAAGCAUUAAUGCUAGCUCAGAUCAUAUUAUAUUUGUGUGUGUGGUCACUGUGUCAGAUUAGGAGAUGUUUUAGAAGAUGGAUUCAGUUUUGGGAUUUAAUUGAGGCGGAAGUGCCUUCAACCUGCAUUCCUUUUGAUUGCCAGCAGGGGGCGACUCUUUGUGCUGCCUAGUCUUUGUGGAACUGUGAAGGUCGUUUUGUAAUUUACUAAAGUCAGAAAGGCGAAUCAUCCAGGUGCACUCGUAGACUUACGACUUUUCAGUUAUUUGUCCUCUGUUUCUUGGUCACAUUCAUCACCUGUUCAUCAAAAUUCUCUUCAAAACAACCAAAUGGUGGCGGAUAAAAACUUUGCCUUUUGUGAAUGAGAGUCACCACAGAUGCCACAUCCCAGUCAGUCACACUUGUUAUCCAGCCUUUUCAAAUGAGAGAACCAAAGUGUUGUGUAUAAACUGACAUAUAGUCUGUUUUACAGUCCUGCGUUUCCAACACUGGCAACAUCGUUUCUCUUUUGUUUUUGUCAUUUUCAGCUCCACGGAAAACUGGAGAAGGUUCCGGAAACUGAAGCGUAAAAAUCAAAAACCUUAUCUGAACCUUACUGUGAUCUGAUCUCCUCUUUAAGGUCAUUUUCAGCAUGUCUUUUUCUUUCCUUCAUUCUGACCACUCUCACUGUGUGACUUCGCCGUGGACCUCACAUUAGUGCAAAGAACGAACAUCAACUUUUACUUUAAACUGAUCCAGAGUUUGUGGAUGAUCAUCGUUGGUGAUGAGAGCUGAAUCUUUAGCUAUGACCAAGCAGUUUCCAGUCAAAGACCAGAGUUUCCAAGUCCAAAGGCAGCACAUCAGGUUGAGGAAACUUAGAAGAACGCUCUGCAUUUUUUUCAACAUUUAUCUGGUUGUGCAUCAUGGAUUCGUUCCAGGCUGUGGAUACAGAGUUCUGCUGUAACAUCCUGAGGUGUCUGAGGGAGCAGAUUCAGAUGCAACGAUCUGAACUGUGGGGAUUUUCAGCCACAGACAUACAGGCUUCGCUCACCACCUGUCUAACUCCCCAGAUUUGCCUCCCUGUGACUGUGUUCACUUCCUGAAAGUAUAAAAUCAUGAGAAGUAUAACUGUUCAGACACACGAGAGGCGAUCAAGCGGCGUCGCAGAGGAGCGAGUGCAAGGAGACAGCAGCAGUCAUCUAAAAACUGCAGCCACACUGGUGAUCAAAAGUUUACAGUGUUUGAUUUUCACAUGUUGAUUCCCAAAACCUUAUCAAACUUUAAAAAUAUGUAAAGCUUAACGUUUCAGACGAUGAUGUAUUGUUUGCAAAGUGUUGUCUUUGUAAAUUUCUUUCUGAGGAGCUGCAAGGAGGAAAAAACGUGUUUGUGCCAUUUGAAAAACUGCCUGCAGAAAGUAUCCACAGCAGGAUAAACAGUGUUCACCACCAGAAAAUAAAAAAAAACACAAGAUAUA